AUGGCUUCGCCCUCGCAGCCGGUGCCGCCUUUGCGUAUACAGAAAGGACCUUCAUUAUCUCCGACCAAGUUGCCUCGCCCCCUCUCUGAGCUGGCUCCAACUGAGACGAGAAGAAACUCCCCAAGCUUCAAUCAGACCACAAAGAAAAUGAUGCUUAAUGGGGAUUCGUCUCCAUUCCAGUCAUCUCCCUUCAAUGCGUCAGAAGGCAACUCUUCACCGCGGCUCUUCUGGCAAGGGCGCGAUCCGGCAACACCAAAUCGAUUCAAGUCAGAGAACGAGAUAUUUGGUGCAAGAGAUACAUCGCCGUCACCAACUCGACGAUCUUCAAUUGAACGACUUCAGCGUGCAUCGCGUGUCAAGAAUAGCAACAUGUUUGCGCGUGAACAGAAGCAAGAGUACGAUCCAACCUCAGUACCCUUCAUUGAACGACCACUAGCCAAACAAAUCCAAGGCAAUGCAUAUGGGGGAUCAGGCCUCGAGGGGCUGCGGUCUGCUGAACGUGGACAACCGUUCGGUCACAGCAGGGCCGAUAGCAAGACUACCGUGCCUCUGUAUAGUCCUACAAGAACACCACUCAAAGCCGGAGCAAACAGCCUGCGGUCACCCAGCAAAGAUCAGGCAUCUCCAACCAAAUCAUCAUUAUCCACACGUCGUUUUGACGGAAAGUCUAGCUUCGAUUCAGAGAAUGGGCCCCAUUCGGAGGAGAACUCCGGGGACGAAAGAAGUCUUCCUCCAGGAAGGAUCCUUCAUCGACAUGCUAAGAGCGUUACGUUCGAUGCGGCUCCACCGCAAGUCAACGAAUACGAAAUGGCCACUCCAGAUUUGUCUUCGAUUGGAACUGGAUCACGCGAAAAUAGCUACGAUUCUGCAGAGGAUGAAGACGACGAUGGUUAUAACUAUGGAGAUUCUUUCCAGCAGGAUGAUAGUUUCGAUGCAUCUCUUGAAGACACCGACAAGACUCCUGUUGUUGGCCCAGAUGAUUGGCGACAUGCUAGUCCAACCACACAUAAUAGUGGUAUUAUGUCAGGAUCUUUCGAUGAUCCGUUUGAUGGCCCGGAAGGUAGCCCUAUGCCGGACGCCCGUCCGUCAUCAUCACUUGGACGCACAGCUGCGACUCGCAAUGACUCGCUGAACUCGAAUGGCGACCAUCGGCCCUUACCGCCUCUUCCUGGCAUGAACCGCCCUGCACGAAGUGGCUCCACAUCUUCGGUCGGACUCUCUGCAGCGGCGGAACGAGCCAUCAUGAGAAACUUGCCAUCACCUCCACCACCAGCAUCUAUCAGCAAGUCUGACCUUCAAGGCAUCAAUGGUGGGAAGAUGUCUCUUGAAGAGCGUCUGCAAUUGAUGAUGAUACAAGAUGAUGACAAGCCUAAGACGGCAGCCGAACAACAGCGCGAGCGUCGAAUGAGACGCGCUGGAGCUCGUGACCGCAACAGCCAAACCCCAGAGCCUGAACAAUCCAUCACCAUCCAUGAAGAUGAAGAUACUAUUGAUGAUCUUCCUGAUUUGGGAUCCUAUCAGCUCCCUCCCAGAAUUUCUCGAGAGUCGAUUAUGCGAAAAGUGAACGGACAAGAUUUUGGCCGAGAGUCAGACUACAAUUUCUCAUCCCCUAUGCCCAGCUCUAGUCCCGAGCGUCCUACUCCCAUUGACCCAGACACCCCAAUUCCGACAACGGAAGAAUCAAUUCUUGAGAGUGAAGCUGCAGACGAGAGCGUUAUCAUCAAACCUGAGCUAGAAGAGGAAGAUCCCGUUGAUGUCUAUUCCAUCCCAGAGAUGUACCAACCCACCGAAUCUAGAAUAGACGCCUACAACAAUGAGCGCGAAGUCCCAAUUCAGGAUGACACUGAGAGCCAAUACUCCGAGCCAACAGCCUCUAACACCAGUCCCCAAUUCCACUCAAGCAGUGGCCCUGACGACGACGGACCCCCAACCCCGCGUGCCCAGAGCCCGCAACCUAAGCUAAACCAUCCAGAUCCGAUCAAGGAAGACGCAAGAAACUCCCUCCCGGAAUUUUCAGGCUUCUUGGAGAACAAUAAGUUUAAUCUCGGCCUUGAAUCUUAUAUGGCUCCCUCUCCACCACCCAAGGAUGACCGCCUAUCUGAAGCUCCAAGUAUGUCACAAGCUCAUGAAUAUCUCCAGCGGCCUGAGACACCCCAAGGACCCCAGAUGCUCAGCUCAAGGCCAGAAUAUGAUGGUUCUGGGUGGGGUCCAGAGGAAGAAGAUGAGAGCGAAGUUGGGACACCAGAGUCUGUCAUUAGACACCCAAUUGAGAGAGAACCUUCACCAGCCCGCGACUCACCUAGCAUUCCCGAACAAGUUGCAACUAUUAAGUCUUCCGGCUCCAAGCUCAAGACUCGACCAUCUGCCACACCCGCAGAUCUCAUGGCAAUGCGAGAGAUGAGACGUCACGUGAGUGGCGAGCAGCCAGGUGUUCCACCUAUUCCCGAAAGGCACCGCAGCCGGCCGUCAUUAGGCUUGGAGGAAGGGUCUGGCGAGGCCAUCGAUUCUGAUGGAUUGGAAAGACAUUCGAGUUUUAAGAAGAGAUCAUUGACUUUGGACAUCGGUGGCGAUCUGGGGUUGAGUCUCGACCAAGAUUUCGACCGGGUGAUCGAAGCCCAAAAGGUUGCGUUUAACCUAUCUUCUUCACAUUCAUUAUGCUUCGACAUUAAGAAUGGACAAGUGUCCAAGUUUGACGACACCACAUAUUUAACCUCUUAUGCUAACGUUACUCCACGGAAACAGCGCGGAUACCUAAUGAGACAGAACACCAAGCUUGUCGUUGCCAGCAGCGAUGUCGACAAAGCAGAUGAUUCCCGCGGUAUACGUUCGGCCGGAAACUCUCCUGUGAAGAAGGAACGCCCCCAAUCCUGGACUGUAGAGCCAUGGAAUGGCCAGAUGCGGAAGAACAGCCUCAAGGAUAAGCCGAGUCCUCGCAAGAGACCUGCUCCAGGUCCAGUACCUCCUAUGCCAGGUCAAGGCAGCAAUGUCACUGGUUUGGGUAUCCUAACAGAAGACGAGCCGUUCGUUAAUCCCGGUGUGGAAGAGGUUGGCGAGAGGGGAAGACUCUUUGUCAAGGUGAUAGGUGUGAAGGACCUUGAUCUACCACUUCCGAAGAAUGAACAAACUUGGUUUAGUUUGACCUUGGACAACGGAGUCCACUGCGUAACUACGGCGUGGUUAGAGCUUGGAAGGAAUGCACCAAUCGGCCAGGAGUUCGAGCUCGUGGUCCCGAAUGAGCUUGAGUUCCAAUUGACUCUCAAUGCGAAGUUGAUUAAACCAGCACCGAAGCGUGUGGCCGAACCAGCCAAGACUCACAAGGCGCAAAAGCCUUCAACAUUUAGCCGGGUUUUUGCGUCACCCAAGAAACGGAAGGAGCUCGAGAUGAGACAGAAGGAAGAAGAGAAGCGCAUCACAGAGCAAAACCGACGGGAUGCCCAAGCAAAGAGGGCAUCCACGCAACCGACGGCAUGGGACCUACUUUCUCCGCUUGCUGCCGAGGACGGGAGCUUUGGACGUACUUAUGUGUGUCUCAAGGAUCAUGAGCCUCGCUGCUACGGCCGACCAUACGUCGCGGAUGUGGCUUGUUUUAACGAAUGGGCGACAGAAGAGGCGAGUAAUUCAUCAAGUGUGAAGAGUAAGCGUGGAAAUACCACUGUUCAACGGCGGGCACCGUAUAAAGUGGGCAAGCUUGAGUUACAACUUCUCUUCGUCCCCAAACCCAAAGGCGCUACAGAUGAUGAUAUGCCCAAGAGCAUGAACUCGUGCAUUCGGGAGAUGAAGGAAGCUGAGCUUGCGCUGGCGCGAAAUUGGGAAGGUCACUUGAGUCAACAGGGCGGUGAUUGUCCAUACUGGCGUCGCCGUUACUUCAAGCUUGUCGGAAGCAAACUCACGGCAUAUCAUGAGUCAACUCGCCAGCCACGCGCAACCAUCAAUCUUGCCAACGCAUCCAAGCUAAUUGAUGACCGCCGUGCUCUUACGCAAAAGGAGACUACGGGCAAAGGUGGCAAGCGCCGCAAGUCAGGGUUUGCGGAAGAGGAAGAAGGCUACAUGUUUGUUGAAGAAGGUUUCCGAAUCCGAUUCAACAAUGGUGAAGUCAUAGAUUUCUAUGCCGAUACCAGCGCCGACAAAGAAGGCUGGAUGAAGGUCCUUGAUUCCUGCGUUGGUAAAGAGGGCGAUGCCACCAAGAGCGGCUGGUGUGAUCUGGUCUUGAAGCGUGAGGAUAGCCUCUCCAGGAGAAACGAGCGAGGAACUGUCCGAAAGGAGCGACACCACACCCGCACGAAGAGCAUGAUUAUAUAG